ACAAAAAAAAAUAAAAAAAAGUAUAUAAAGCGAGCAAAUCGAAUUUUUUGGCUCUUUUCUUUUUUCUUUUUCUUUUUGGUAUUUUUACCCAUUCCACCUGACCCAUAAACUUUCUGGUGUCCUCAUUUCAACAGCGUUAUCAUGUUGGCAUUACCAGCUACAAUUACCAGAAAUGCUAUACCUCCAGGCUUUAUAGACUUUGCUUCAUCCUCUUUCGACGCAAUUCUAUUCCCUCCAACCAAUGCCGCUAAUAAUGAUGUGAUUGAAACUGCCACGGACACAACAACGACUACAUCAACCGAUGAUUCAGCCAGUACCAAGAAAAGGAAUACACAUCUGCCUGAUUUAAUACCAUUCAUACAACUUAUCACGGAUAAAUGUGAUCUUCAACCCAUACAUCUUGUUAUUGCUCUAAUGUACGUUCAAAGGUUCAGAAGAGCUCUCCCAGCAGGUUAUAAAGCGGAGGUAGAAGCUGCUCAUCGUAUCUUUGUCGCCUCAUUGUUAGUCGCUCACAAAUACCUUGAAGAUCGUCCAUUGAGUGCAAGAAAGUUAGUACGUGCUACAGGUGACGUUUGGCCCAUUUCUGACAUCACUCGUAUGGAGCUAGCCUUUUUAAGAUUCCUCAAUUGGAACCUUUAUGUAAGUCAUGAUGAUAUGGCCAAGUUCUUGCACGAUCUGGGCUUUGAUGAGCGAGCUGUUAUCAAUAAUAGCUCGGCUUAAGGACUUUUUUCCUCAUCUAUACCCUUUUAUCCCUCCUGCUUUUACGUAUUUAUAUUGUACAGCUUUUUAUACGUAUGGACUACUUUUCCCUUUUCGCAUAGCUUCUUCUUUUUUCAUUCGUUUUGUCCAUAUCUCUUCCUUCGUUUACUAUUAUUUCGUAUACCUUCUAUUUACUUUUGUACUUGAACCAUUAAUCUGUUAAUCUUUGGUAAUAAACUUAUUAUUCUAUCUUUGUGUGUAUAGCAGAAGAAAAAGAAAAACGAAAGAGCGUUUCUGUUGCUUUGUUAUAAUGAAUCAAAUGUAUGAGAUAUGUAUAUCGUAU